GGUCCUUUGGGCAACUGAGUUCUAGUUCCUAGGCGGCAUCGCCUCCUUCGGCUCAUGGCCUUAUGGUCCCCUUGCGCACCAUACGCCGCGACGACUCCCUGGAGGCAGCACAGCAACCAAUCCAGGAUGUGGUCCAGGCUCCGGGCAUUCCCCGAGAGAAGCGCAUCGGUCGGCGUGUCGAAGAGGAAUUCUGCUUCGUCAGCGACGAGACUCUGAGCCAGGCCUUGCAGCCGGCCUUGCUGAACGGUGGCAACCUCGUGGACGUCUUCCAAAAGCGGGAGGACGACUUCGAGGCUGUCGAGCCGCUGGAGGUGUGGUAUGCCACGCCCAACGGCGAGGUGCGAGAGCUGGUCUUCGUGGACUCCACGAAGACGGGGCCCAGGAUCCUGGUGGCGGCAAGCCGUGUGAACAACAUGCACCGCGCCAUCUCUGUGCUGGCGCGGAAGGUGGACAACCUGACAACGACCUUGAGAGUGUGCAGAUCGCACUACUACAAGGAGCUCUUCUCUUUGCGCCACGGGCGCGAGCCCAUGGAGGAGCACGAGAAGUUCUGGUUCAUGCCCCAGAACUACCAAGACACCGUGUCCAUCCAAGAGCUGCGCGCCCGCUUCGGGUCUGAGCAGGAGUUUUUUCGCCGUGGACAUCGGUUCGAGCUUGGCUUCCUGCCUUUGGGGGGUUCGAGCGAACUGCGGAAGAAGGAGCAGGAGAUCCGGCAGCUGAAGGCCAAGCUGUCGCAGAUCGACUCCAUCGCAGAGGAGCGCGUGGAGCAGAUCGUUACGCGCAAGAUGAUCCCGGAGCUCUUCCGCUGGAUGAAGUACAUGAACGACUUCCGGGAGGCCGAGUUCAAUCAGCAUCUGCAGCUGCUGGGCCAGGAGCUCGCAAAGCAAGAGGCGCUGGAGAAGGAAGACGAGGACUCGGAGCCGGUGGUGGAUCUUGAGAAGGUUCGCUUGAAGAAUAGGGCCGAGAACGCAGAGAUGGAGGUGGACACCUUGCGCCAAAAGCUGCAGGAAGCCCAGGUUGCGCAGGACGCGCUGACGAAGCUUCUCACGGAUCGGCGAGCGGAGAUCCCACACGAGUUCCGUGCGGCUCGGGACGGCAUCACCUCGGAGGACUCGGUCAGCUUCUUCGCCUCUGAGUCUCCUCUGCCCUCCAAGGAGCCGCCCAGCUUGGAGGACGUGCGAGCCCGGCGCAGGUCACUGGCAGAGGAGAUGUUUCCCAGUGUGACCUCAUACCUAGACCGGCCUCCGCUUCGGCCGGAAACGGAAGGCUCCCCCGCGGAUGCCGAGGCCAAGUCAAAGCAGCUGCAGGGCCUCGCAGACGCCUGGGAGAAGGAAGCCAAAGACAUGGCCCGAAAGAAUAUUGAGCUGCAGAAGAAGAAUAAGGAGAUGGCAAGGAUACAGAAGCAGAGAGACAUCGCCUUGAAGGAGGUGAAGAAGGCGAACGAGCAGCGGGAGGUCGUCGAGAAAGAGCUGGUGCGUUGCAAGCAGAUCAUCCUCGAGCUGAAGCAGGCUUCGGAGGGCACGGCGCAGGAGGGCGACUCAGGUGCGCCCAGCUCCUUACCGUCCAGGAGGGCGUCUACCGUGCGGCAAGACCUGAAGGAGCAGCUGGACAUGGUCCGGGAGAUCGGCAGCAAGGGCCGGUUGAACCUGCCAACGGCCCCACAGUCGCGGCACCUGGCGUCGCCCACCUCCGGCUCCCAGUCCAGGGACCCCACCAAAGACAACCCACGUGGCCGGCGGGCGUCAACAAAGGAGGAGACGACCCCCCGACGCCGUGCGUCGGAGGCGGGCAAUGCGUCCCAGUCCCAGUCUCCAGUGAAGCGGCGGUCGUCGACCGUCCAGGACCUGUCCACCUCGGAAAAAGCCGCGGCAGCGCCGCAGAUGCUUUCACCCACCCGGCGAGCAUCGAAGACUAUGAAGGCAGAGUCUCCUGAGAGAACGCCGCAGGUCAUCGAAGUGACCGAGUCCAAUCAGGAGCAGGAGGACGACAAGGAGGAGAUCUAUCUGCAGCAGGUGAACUCGCCGGAGGGCUCCCCUGGCUCGGGCGACUCCAAGGAGGAGCUUCUUUCCGCGGACUCCGAGGCCGCCGAGGCUGACCUUCCAGGCGGCCCAGGCCCGCCAGAGGAGAGCAUUCAUCUCCCGACCGAGGAGCCGCCGACCGCCCAUUCUUUCAGGAACAUCACCCCUGCGAAGAUGUCUUUGGAGUUCUCCUUGGGCCUGGGCGACUUCACGCACUUCAACUCCCAAGAAGUUUCCAGCGAUAUGAGGGACGCCAGUGUGCAGACGCUGAUCACCGUGGGGGUGAUGCCGCCGCGCUGGGUGGUCUGGCCAGGCUACGGCGAUGAUCCGGAGGACGGGUCUUUGCAGCAACUCCUCGCGGGGACGAAGUCUAAGGUCCUUCAGUGGUGUGUGCAGUACAUCAAGGUCGAGGAGCCAGACAUCCUGAAGAGCGCAGCAGCAAUGGCCGCGGUGGAGAAACGCGCUGCGGCAGUCAGGAGGGCCGCCUCUCCUCCUGCACCCAAGCCAAAAGAAGGCGAAGGCAGCAAGUGGAGCAAGGCGGUGCAGCGCAUGAACACGCUGAGGCUCGGCAAGCUGCAGAAGAUCUCGGCCAUGGACGAGGCUGUGCUACAUGCUGGGAUGUUUUUGGAGGAGCGAAAGCAGCAGAUCGAGGCCCUGCCGCCGCAGCCGCCGCCAAAGCCUGUGAGGAUGAACAAACCUGGUGGCCUGCGGAAGAUGGUGGCGGCGGCUGCUGCCACUACGGCGCGAAGGUGGAUCCACUCCCCCAGCGGCGCCUCCAUUUGCCGGGUGAAUCAGAAAGAGCCGGGGCUGCCUCGACUACUGAGCACUUCGGAGGCGCCCACGCUGUCGCUGAUGGAGUCCCAGGACUCGACCCUAGUCUUCGAGUUACCGCCAGAGAAGGAUGAGACGGAGCAGGCUGAGGCAAGAGACUGGCAGUUGCAGGUGAACACCGAUCACGCGGGCCCGCCUGAGGCGCGUGCGGAAGCUCGCUCCGUGUCACACGAGCCGCGGGCAUGGCCGCGGCAGGUCACUGCGAUGACGGAUGCCGAGAGCAGCCUGUCUGAGCGCGAGAAGAGCGGAAGCUUCGCGGCGGGAACCUCAGAGGACGCGGAGUGGACUCAGAGCAGACACAGCCGUGACAGCCAACUCAGCGAUCAGGAGCACGAGCAUCGAUACGAGGGCAUGUCGGAUCAUUUGGAGGAGCUGCCCCGACAGCGCCGACAGGUGCAGGUCGCGAUGUUCCAGCGUACGGAGAUUGGCAGCAACUUGUACACAGCCCCCCUUGCGCGGAACUUCAAGGCAAGCGAGGAGGAGCCGUGGUCGCCGCAGGUGGCGCAAGGCGGCUUCACGGCGCUGGACUCCGUGAGUCUCAUCGCAGGUCAGCUGGAUCGCUUUCAAGAAGACUUCGAGGAACACACGUGAUGGCUUUUGGUUCAUGGCGCGGGUUGCAAGUCCGUUCAGCUCAGAUACAGCCAGGGGUCGAAGGAUG